AUGACAUACGUCCGGCGUUCCGCAGGUCUCGUCGCUGAUCAAAAGAGACCUGCGGCGACUCGUGACAUCCUUUGGCUCACCGUCAACGGCAUAACAGUCGUCAACUUCUAUCGGCAGCCGUACCACGACGGAGCCCUUGAAAUCUUGCUUCAGUGGACCGUACCGGACAAGUGUCUUGUUGCUGGUGAUUUCAAUGCCAAACAUCCCAGCUGGCAGGCCGGUCGACGAGAGGACCGCGGCGAAGAAAUAGCGUUUUGGGCAAUGGACAAUCGACUCGGCUUACUGAAUCCUGUCGAUGUCCCGACCAACGCACACGGCAAUACGGUUGAUCUCGCCUUCUGCAACAUACCUCUGGCCGACGCUGUUGUCGAGGAUCAUCUAGCAACCGGCUCCGAUCAUUUUACCCUUAGUAUCACGCUGCCAGGACAACGAUUCAUUGAAUUAGUGGAGGCCGGUGCCGCCUUCAUCCCGAUCACCACGGCAUCUCCUUCCGAGCUCGACAGCUUUGCGUCGGCGCUCGUGAACCUUCUUGGUUGUGCAGCCAGAGCUGCCGGUCGACCUGCCCGUAAGACUACGCAUGGUGCGCGGUGGUGGACUGAAGAAUGCGCAAAGGCGGCGGCCAAUUACCGCGCGUGGAGGAGAGUUCACUCUCUCGGCUUCGACCGAGAAGUACAGCUAGCCAAGAGGGAGCUCCAUAGCGUGGUGCGCCGGGCCAAGCGCCUUUACUGGCGUAACUUGAUUGACAGCUUCACCGAUAGCGCCUCCGUCUUCAGGGCGGUCCGCUGGCUGAAGUCUCCAGCUGAAAAGGCCACCGCCUUGCGACAAGCCACUCUGGAACGGCGCACGGCGAACGACGACAUCCCAGAUCCGUGGAUCUCCGUGAACACAGAUAGGACGAUACCCUUCACCGACCGAGUCUCUCCGGAGGAGACCCGCGACGCCACGCUACGCACCGGGAAUACGUCCCCUGGUCCCGACAAUAUUACGGUGCGGAUGCUCCGCGCUGUCUGGCAUGCGAUCGGAAGUCUCGUCCACCAGCUAUAUCAAGGCUGCCUCAGGAUUGGCCACCAUCCGAAGCCCUUCCGAGAAGCAGAAGUGGUCAUGAUUGCCAAGCCGGGGCGCAGGGAUCUCUACACCCCGCGCUUGGCGCCCCAUCUCCUUUUGUCCUGUCUCGGCAAGGGCCUCGAGCGGCUCAUCGCACGGCGUCUAGCGUGGGCCUCGGUCCAUUUCGGCGUACUACACCCACAACAAGCCGGCGCGCUCCCGAAGAGAUCGGCCGUGGAUCUCGUUGCUGCCUUGAUUCAUGACAUCGAGGAGGCAUUUGCCUGCAAGCAGGUUGCAACAUUGGUGACUUUGGACAUUCAGGGCGCCUUCGACACAGUCCUCCGCAACAGAUUGAUCCUUCGCCUACGGGACUCAAAAGGGCGUUUCGGCUAUGCGGACGACACUGCCAUCCUUUGCGUCGGCGAUAGCCUGGAUGAGACGUCCGCCGAAGCAUCUCAUCAUGUGCGUGAGCUUGUAUCGUGGGGCGCCGCCAACGGGAUCUCCUUCGACCCUGAGAAGACAGAAGUGAUGCACUUCUCUCGAACGACGCCCAAGACGGCGCCGCCAGUGCUCCAUGGCGAAUUUGAGAAACGGCCGGGCCGGGCGAUGCGUUGGCUCGGCGUCUGGCUCGACAGCACUCUGUCUUUCAAGACUCAUGUCGAGAAAUGGACGGCCAAAGCGCAAGCAGUCGCCUUCCAUCUCAGGAGACUGACAAACACCAGGCAUGGUCCUCUACCGAGCGCUGUGCGACGAGCGGUCUGCGCUUGCGUCAUUCCAGUGCUGCUCUACGCGGCGGAGGUCUGGUAUCCUGGUUCUACGCGCCCGCGCUGGACCAAGCCGGGCAAGGAAGGACCGUCCAGGAUCGGACACCUCGUAAAGAAGAUGAGCAAGGCACUCUACACAUCUCUUCGGGCUAUCCUGCCAGUGUGGAGAACUACACCAACGAAUGUUCUGCACCGGGAGGCAGGGAUACCGCCGGUCCCUCUGCUGCUCGAGGCGCGCCGGACUGCAUUUGCUGCGCGUCUCAAAUCCCUGGACGAAGCUCAUCCGCUCGUGAAGCGCACGUCGAGGCCAAAAGCCCUAUACUGA